AUGACGACGAGAUCUGAUUCCGAUGACUGUCUUGUUCAAGACCCACUAACCUCCUCGGAGAAAGCUUCGAUGUCUCUUGAAGAUUUCGCUCAAAACUCGCUAAAGGUCGUUUCUUUAUCUCCACUAGAGAACGACUCUGUUUUGGAGAUGAUAAGCUCAAAGAAUCAAGUAAAGUCUUCGCCUUUUGUUUCUAUUCCUGAGAAAGAUAGCGAGAGUAUCCAUGAGGAAGAAGCCCAGUCUAUGGAUGUUGAUUGUUCUGGAGUCUUGCCUGUAUCUGAAGCUAGCUCCUCGUUUCUUGAAGAGGGUAAGGUUGGUGAGGAGCUGCAAGGUAUCAAGGAAACGUCUGCUGCACAAGAUGAUGUGGACAAGAUGGAGACUGAUGGGUCCGUUGUUUGUAUCUCUGAGAAGAAGGGACAAGAAGAUUCUGAUGUUCAGAGACUCUUGGAGGCUGAGAAGAGGAGACUGUUGGCUGAGAUCGAAACGGGAACAAUCUUCAGAAAGAAGGAAGAUGUGGAGACGCUAGAAAAGAAUGAGAAUGACUCUAAAGAGCAGUGUCAGAAGGUGGAAAGAGUGAGAGUUAAGGACAACGCGUUCGUUGGAAGAUCUGUGAAGAUCGAUGUGGUUGAUGAUACUGCGUUGCUCAAUGUCGUUCCUUUCUGCGGCAAGAAAGGCAAAGAUCAUCAUUCCAAGAGGUCAGGAACAGCUGGACACAGUGAUGAUAGGGAAGCACCGAGGAAGCAUAAGAAAACUGGAGGGAAGCAUCAACAUGUUGAAGCAAGUGGCGAUGAGUUGCGGAUAAUGUACUCUGUGAACCAAAUGAAGUCGAUGAGGUAUGCUAACAUGGCGAAUCAGAGGAAACUGUGGAGUGACAUGUAUGCUAGGCUCCUACCUGAGCUGGUGAGUGAGUACGAAGGUCUUGUUAGCUUGAAGAAGAGUCAGAAGAGUUCAAAGUCUAGUGGCAUCGGUAUUCUCGGCACCAAAGAAGGAAUAGAUGACUUAACUCUUGAAGAAGAAGGAGAAGAAGAGGAGUACAGUGAAGAUAAUGACGAUUACAAUAGCAUUUUGAAACCUGCGUUUGCGGUGGAAGGAGAACCUGAUUUUGAAUCUGGACCACCAGAAGAUGGCUUUGAAUACUUAAGACGAGUCAGGUAUGUUUUUGUCUCUCUGUCUUUCCAUCUUUCAGUGUAUCUGCAUUUAUUAGCAUAUAUGGUAAAGUUGUUUCCACAUUUUAGGUGGGAGGCUAAGCGUGUUCCGAAUGUAAAAGUAGCCAAGAUAGAUGAAAGCAAAUACAUAACGAAAGAGCAAAGUGUCUACAUGCCACAGAUACCUGAAAUCCCUAAAUGCCCAGAACACUUGUUACCACUCAAGGAAUGGGAAGACUCAUUGCUUUCUGACUUCUCAGACCUUCGAUUGGCUUUAUCAUUAGAUGCCAACGAGUGCUGCGGAGAUGAGACCAUGCCAUCAAGUCAGUCUAUAGAAUAUAUGCUAAUGGGGAUCUUCAGUACACGUCUCAACACAGUUACAGAUGAGUCAUUUGGUGUGGUGGUUUCAGAAAUACAAGGAAUGGACUCGGUGACGCGGGUAUCAAGGCUGAAAAAGCGUAUAUGUUUGGUUGAGAAGGAGAGCGGUUUACAGAGCAGUGACUGCAUAUGGGUAGUAGCAUUAUGUGCAUCAGUGGACACUCCUUUGGAUGGUGACACUUGUGCUUGUCUCAGGGCUAUUCUAAGGAAGUGUGCGAGUCUUCGUGCAUCAGAGGUUGAAGAUGAACAAGUUAUCAUCAUGGCUAAUAUGCUCAUCACCAUUGCAGGCAGAUAUUUUGGCCAAAUGGAAUAA